UUGGCAUAAUGGCAUUUCAUUUGUUUAUUUCAAUUCCACCUCCUUACACUCUUCUUUGGCUUCAUCUUCCACCUCACUGAUGAUUUGUUCAUCGAUCUCAUGCAUGAGGGUUUAGAUUCAAGGUGUUUUCAGAAUUGUUGGUGGUGUGAUCGACGGCUUCAUCAAUGAGAUUGACACCCCACUGAAGGGAAGGACGUGUAAUAUAUGAAAUAUCGAUCUUCAUGAUCUCCUUUCAAGUGGAAUUCUACAGUGGACUCCAUAUACAAUUUCAAAAUGUUAACCUUGGACGUGGUGAAAUUCCAUCCAUAAGACAUCUUCAAGUAUCUCAUUAGUCAAAGGCUUUGGCAUUUGAAACGGCUCGAGCUACUAUAUUAUAUGAAAUAAUGGUGGUGACCUUUCUUAUCCUUUUAAGAUCAAAAUCAAAUUAAUGAAAAUAUAUACAUAUCUAUCUGGUUACAGAGUCUUAAUCAAAUCUUUUCAGCAUCAUUUAAAUAAACUUAAGCGUCAUCUACUCAACUCUCCAUUAGUUUCUUCUACAACUUAAUUAAACAAAGGCAUAGCUUAAAAUAUGAUAAGUGCAAAACACACUCCCCCAUGACUCCAUUAAAGAGAAACUAGAAGUAAGUAAAGUAAUUAAAGCACAAUAUUAAUAUCAAAAAUGGUUUCAAGUGCGGUUGCCCACAUGCCUAACUUAAUUUGUACCCUCUCAUUAGCUAGCAUUUAUAACAUGUGUUACUUGUUUUUUAAUCUACAUUUGUUACUCGUUUUCAAAUGGGUUCAGAAUAUUAACAUAGUCUUAAUAUUAGAUAUACAAACAAAUUUUAUAAAGAUUUUUAUAUAAACUGAUAUAGUAGAAAAUAAAUAAAAACGUGGAUAUAAUCUGUUAACAUAGUUUUAUUGACUCGAUCAUGAUACGAAUGAUGUGAUACUUUAGUUAUAUUUUAGAUUCUCUUGUUUUUUUAGAAAGAUUUCACUUUGGUUUUAACAUUUUCUUCGUAAAGGAGGUGGGCAGGAAUUGAGCAACAAAAUUAAUUCACAGCUUAGGCACAUGUUUAGUUGACUCUUUGUCGCUUUCUAUUAAGCACCCUCUAUAAAUUAAGCACUUCUGGUUAGUGACUUUACAACACAACCCAGAGAAGCAGAAGCUCAAACAAAUUGAAGCUCUGAGUGUUGUGCAUGUUCAAGAGAAUCAUUAAUAUCAAGAUGGUGAACAUGAAGUUCUGCAAAGAGAAGAAGCUCAAAGUCAUAUUGGUUCCAUAUCCUGCACAAGGGCAUGUCACUCCCAUGUUGAAGCUGGCCUCAGCCAUUCUCAACGACGGAUUAAUAAAGGAGGCAGUGCUUGUGACACCAGAAUUCAUUCACAAUCGAGUCAUAUCGAGUAUCGACUCCAAGAACAAGAUCAGAUGCAUGUCAAUACCAGAUGGGUUGGAGAAGGAUGCUCCGCGAGACUUCUUUGCCAUAGAAAAUGCAAUGGAAAACUUCAUGCCUGCUCACUUGGAGAAGCUUAUUGGUAAUAUUGUUGAUGAAGAUGAUGAUGGGAGAGUGGUGUGUGUUGUGGUUGAUUUGGUAGCAUCAUGGGCUAUUCAAGUCGCUGAUCGGUGUGGCCUCCCUGUGGCGGGGUUUUGGCCUGCUAUGCUCGCCACUUACUGCUUGAUUGCGGCUAUUCCUGACAUGGUCCAAGCCGGCUACAUUUCUGAUGAUACGGGUUGUCCUCAAGUACAAGAAAAGGCACACUUACUUCCUAAUCAGCCAAUGUUAUCCACAGAAGAUCUUCCAUGGCUGAUUGGAACUCCUUCUGCAAGAAAAUCAAGAUUCAAGUUUUGGACCAGAACAUUAGACAGAUUGAGAAAGCUAAGAUGGCUACUGGUCAACUCUUUCCCAGAAGAAUACAUAGAUAUAAAGAAACAAUAUCAGUUAAAUGGAAGUCAUCAGCAACCUCUAGUUUAUCUAGUUGGACCUCUGAGUCAUCAUGCAAUAAUCAGAAACCCUAGCUUCUGGGAAGAAGACAUGAGCUGCAUAGAAUGGCUGGACAAACAGAAGCCAAACUCAGUCGUUUACAUCUCGUUCGGGAGCUGGGUUAGCCCCAUUGGCGAAGCCAAAGUGAAGAGCCUCGCGAUGGCGCUUGAAGCCUCGGAUUUGAAUUUCAUUUGGGUGCUAGGGUUAGCGUGGCAAGAGGGAUUACCGAACGGGUUUUUAGAGAGAACAACAAAAUCUUUAAAAGGAAAAGUGGUUUCAUGGGCGCCGCAAAUGAAGGUGCUGCGACACGAAGCUGUGGGGUGUUAUCUCACGCAUUGCGGGUGGAACUCGACUAUGGAAGCCAUUGAAUGCAGGAAGAGACUGCUGUGCUGGCCGGUGGCGGGGGAUCAGUUCGUGAACUGUGCUUAUAUUGUGAAGAUAUGGAAGAUUGGAGUAAAGAUCAAUGGCUUUGGACAGAAGGAUAUUGAAGAGGGAUUGAAGAGAGUGAUGAUGGAGGAGAAUGUUGAGAUGAAUAAUAGGUUAAUGAAGCUGCAUAAGAGGACUAUGGAAGAAGAUGCGAGGUCAAGAGUAAUGGCGAAUCUCAUAGCCUUUGUUGAUGACCUUAAUAAUAAAAUUACAAAUUCUAGUCAGAACCAAAAGAAGAGGAUGAAGGAUGUUCAAUAUCAAUACUUGUAUUAAUCUCUGAUGAAUUUUUGUUUCUUUAAUA